UUAUUUAUUUGCCAGAAAAUAUAUUUGAAAAUACAACAUGAAUCGCUCCAGAAACAAAUGCUCACCGAUGCUGCAGAAGAGCUUGGAUAUGCGCCUGCGCGGCGCCCAGGCCAAGGCGUACCUCAAGCGGGGCGCCUUCAACGUGCUCGUCCUGCUGCUGCUGCUGCUCCACUUGUCCGGGGCGUGCCCGUGCCAGCGGCGAGGCUACUUCUUCGCGGCAGAGUGCGCCGUGGCCACAGUGGUGACCCUGAACGCGGUGGCCUGUCUGGCCAAGUACUCGUGGCUGUGGCUAAGCGGCGUCCAUGGGAUUGGGACAUAUGCCCAGAAGUGCCUACUGGAUGGCUACGAUGGCAACUCCUUCAGCACCAUCUGCGUACAGAAGGAGAAGAAGCCGCGUUGCCCUGAAGUAGAACCCUGCUUCAAGGACUAUGUCAUCAACUGGCACUCGUCUUUCGAGGACUCCCGCUGCCGUCCCAGGCGCAGCCUCGGCAGGACUCCCCAACGGCAGAGUGCCUGCGCGGAGGCGCCGCCCGACGACUGCCUCACCGAUGUCCGCCAGCUGCCGGCCCUGAUGAAGAGUGCCCGGCGUCACCGGAGAAGCUCGGAGAUUGCGGACGGGCCCAGCGCGCAGCCCACGAGCCCGGGCAAUGCGUUCUGGCGCUGUUGCAACAACCAGUCUAUCGAGCCGAGGACAAUCUAUCAGCUGGCGCCCCCGCCGCCACCGGCCUGCGCCGAGAACGCCCCCCCGACCUUCGAGGAGUUCAGCUCGUUCCAGUUCAAGGACAGCAGCUCGGAGGUAAUCGGUCGCAUCGCCACGGACAAGCUGCCGCAAUAUGUGGCCAACCUCAGGAACUGGAUCUCCACCACCGUACUGCAGCGCCUGGUCAGUGAGAUCGACAACGUGGACAAAGGGUUCCGGCACCGAGGCCUCUGCGACAUGAAGAUCGGAGCCGUGGGCCUGGAGCGCCUGCGAGUGGCAGCAGAGUGUGCCCCCACUCUGCCCACGCUCCUGCUCUUCCUCGAGGGCUUCAGCAACCAGGAAUACCUGGUGCAACGCAUCAGGGAUCUGUCGCAGGGCUCCCGCCUGGCCGAUUUCGGCCGCCACGACCCCGAACCGGCCUCGAACUUGCCCUCGGAUGCCGCCAUUGUUUUCCAUCUGUUCUGCGCCUACUUGGACAGCCAGCUGAUGCUGACGCACCAGACGCGCGGAGGAUGGCGGCCCUUCCGCCACUACUAUGUGCUGGUCCGCGACGACAAGCGCUCCCUGGCGGCCAAGGACUUGGCCCUGGCGGUGCACAACCAGGCCCACUGCGCCAUCCUCUGCAGCGGCAGCCCGCUCGACCCCAAGUUCAAUUUCAUCAGCGGCAGGGAGCUGCACAGCUGCGCCUACGACAGAAACCACCUGUUCUGCGUGAUCCUUCAGUUCCUGCUCUACAUGCGCCAGCGGCAGGGGUCCUCGCUCGAGGGAGUCAGCCUGGGCAAGGGUGGCAUCAACAUCAUGUGCGUCAUCGACAACUGAGACAGCCAUGCCCAUAUAUUGAUACCAAACCAUAUUAAGGCUAUAAUUAUGACCCCAACUGUAGGCUCCUAUGAAUACCACGGAAUGCUGCAAGGAAACCCCACUAUGACACUCAAUUAAACUCGAUUGUUGUUUAAUUAUUUCAACAAUUAUUCAUUUUUUACACUGCACACUACUUUAUAUUGUAUUUAAAGCAUCGCAAGGUGGGGCUGCAGUGCUGCUCUGGCACUCGAAAGCCCUUUUCCAAGAGAAUUAAAAUGAAAAUAAUUGCCUGCAACAGAUUUGAGGGCAUUGGGGGGGU